AUUGUUAAAUAUAUAUAAAAGGCUAGCCGGUUCGGUAGAUAGAGCACAGUUUGCGCAGUGCACUAUUGCGAAUCUACACACUCCUUUCCAACGAUACACAGUUCUAACGCACCAGAACUAAUCCAACGCUCAACCAUGAAACUGUUCGUCGUCGUUGCCCUUGCCCUGGUCGGUACCGUGGCCGCUCAGAGCUACACCACCAAGUACGAUAACGUCGAUGUGGAAGAAAUUCUGAAGUCGGACCGUCUGUUCAACAACUACUACAAGUGUCUGCUGGAUCAGGGCCGCUGCACUCCGGACGGCAACGAGUUGAAGCGCAUCCUUCCGGACGCUCUCCAGACCGACUGUGCCAAGUGUAGUACGAAGCAGCGCGACGGCGCCAUCCAGGUGAUCAACUACCUCAUCCAGAACCGCAAGACACAGUGGGAGACGCUGCAGAAGAAGUACGAUCCGGAGAACAAGUACCUCGAGAAGUAUCGCGACCAGGCCAAGAAGGAGGGCAUCGCGCUGGAAUAAGACGGCUAGUGUGAUUGUGACGCUUGUAACCAGUGAGCCGGAAGUGGAACCAAGGGCAAAGGAUACCUAAACCGGUAAACAAACAAACCACCUCAAACAUUUAAUGCCAAUUCACCAGUGUUUCCUAAAGCUUCCUACCUGCGGUACACAACAUUCGCGUGCUUUCCUUAUAGUACUCGAUUUACCACAUCCUGUCCGUGAGUUUUACUGUGGGUACUGGGUACUUCUCUUCGCCACAAGGACAUCGCCAGUGAAGCAAAAAAAAAUGGACGGAGGUACUCAAACUAAUCCAUCCCUUCCCGCCGCAUACUCACUCCGUUAGGAGUUAAGCGUGAAAGUUCCAUGCUUUAUUGAACUCUAACCCCUACUUUGUGAUAUCGUUGUCUGUAGACUCACUGCUACAAUGGUGGCCAUUUUAUCUGUUUUUUUGAUUGAUAUUGUUACGUUAUGUUUUACGAUGUUUACACUACGUCUAGUUCGGAAAAAAAAUUGUAGAAAUUUUGCGGAAAUCCUACAGCAACAUAAACAGGAUAUAGCUGAGCAAUAAAUCCAAUGAUACUUUCUAAAAUAAA